AUGGCCUAUUUCAGUUCCCAAACAACGUCAGAAGAGCCCUCGCCCGCUAGCUCGCCUCCCACAACGCCUGGUGACGGAUCGGAGAACGGAGAUGCACCGCAUCUCAGUCUAAAUGAAGACACUUACCAGCCGCUAACACUGUCCACCUCAAGCAGCAGUAUAAUUCUCGUCAUUGGCGGCCUCGGCUACAUCGGAUCCCAUACAUCACUCGAGCUGCUUAAGGCUGGAUACAACGUCGUCAUUGUCGACAGCCUCAGCAACAGCUUCGAGACGGCGUUUGCUCGCAUCAAAGCGCUUGCUAGCAAGCAUUACGAUGGCACGAAUGGUACUAUGCCGGCUCUCUGCUUCCACAAGCUCGACUACCGAAGCAGGGCAAUGAGGCAUCUUCUCGAGAUGUACUCGAUCCCUACGCUACAGCCACCCACGACUACGGGCGAAUCGCCCCGACUUGUGAGGCAGUCUCGCAUAGCAGGUGUUAUUCACUUUGCCGCAUUCAAGUCUGUCUCCGAGUCAAUAGCUAAGCCAAUCCAGUACUACCAGAACAAUGUCUGCGGUCUUGUCGAUUUCGUCGAGCUGCUCGGCCAGCACAAUAUCCGCAACCUUGUCUUCUCGUCCUCGGCCACAGUGUACGGAUCCCAGGCGGACCUUGGACGACCACUGCGAGAGGAAGAUGUUGUCCACCACCCGGAAUCCUAUGUUGAUGACGCUGGAAGUCAGUGCGUGGCCGAACCCUUGGUCUCUGGCCUGCGGAGCCCGUACGCUCGGACAAAGUACUUUUGCGAGGCAAUCCUGGCCGACAUCGCCUACUCGGACCCGGCUUGGCGUAUAGUCUGCCUGAGAUACUUCAACCCCAUCGGCUGUGAUCCGUCCGGUCUACUCGGCGAAGAUCCCAAAGGCAUCCCCACGAACCUCUUCCCAGUCAUCAGCCAAGUCUUAACAGGGGUGCGGAAGGAACUGGAUAUUUUUGGAACCGACUGGGAGACCCGUGAUGGGACCCCAGUCCGCGAUUUCAUUCACGUCUCCGACGUGGCUCGCGGACACGUAGCAGCCAUUGGUGCAAAGGUUGAUGCGCCAUUCCGCACAUUCAACCUAGGAUCAGGCUCUGGCACGACUGUCAGAGAGGCGAUUCGCAGUCUCGAGGCUACCUCUGGCAAGCCAAUUCCUGUCAACUGCGGUAGCAGAAGGCCUGGUGAUGUCGGAUUCUGCGUUGCGUCCAACGAGCGAGCGUUCCUGGAGCUUGGGUGGUCAACCAAGGAGAGCAUCUCGCAGUGUGCGAGGGACUUGUGGAACUUUGUGUCGCGGUCCGAAUCUAAUCCUGCGAAAUCGAUUUUUGGGUCAGUUGACACAACUGCGGGUUGA